GCGGCGGGGCGGCACGGGAACCGGGCCCCGGGGGGAGUCGGCCGGGCUGCUGCUGCUGCUGCUCCAGGUGCUGCCGCCCGGGGCUACGGCAGGGCCGGGGCGCCGGGGCACGCGGGGCGCCGGCGCCGGCGGCGUCUGCUGGCCUGGCGCGGCCCCUGCCUUUCCCCGGGACGCUGGGCUGCUGCUGUUCCUGCCGCCGCUGCCGCCACUGUCGCCGCCGCCGCCGCCGAGCUCCGCGCCCGCAGCCUCCGCCUCCCGGAUGGACGCUCUGCCCCGCGGCGGGCUGAACCUGAAAGAGGAGCCGCUGCUGCCCGCCGGCCUGGGCUCCGUGCGCUCCUGGAUGCAGGGCGCCGGCAUCCUGGACGCCAGCACCGCUGCGCAGAGUGGCGUGGGCCUGGCACGAGCACAUUUUGAGAAGCAGCCUCCCUCCAACCUCAGGAAAUCCAACUUCUUCCACUUCGUGCUGGCCAUGUACGACCGGCAGGGGCAGCCCGUGGAGGUGGAGCGCACAGCCUUCAUCGACUUCGUGGAAAAGGACCGAGAGCCUGGGGCUGAAAAGACUAACAACGGGAUCCACUACCGCCUCCGGCUGGUGUAUAACAAUGGACUUCGGACGGAGCAAGACCUCUAUGUGCGUCUUAUCGACUCCAUGUCCAAGCAGGCCAUCAUCUAUGAGGGGCAGGACAAGAACCCCGAAAUGUGCCGAGUGCUGCUCACCCACGAGAUCAUGUGCAGCCGGUGCUGUGACCGGAAGAGCUGUGGCAACCGGAAUGAGACACCCUCAGACCCCGUCAUCAUUGACAGGUUCUUCCUCAAGUUCUUCCUCAAAUGCAACCAGAACUGCCUGAAGAAUGCGGGGAAUCCCCGAGACAUGCGCCGCUUCCAGGUGGUGGUGUCCACGACGGUGAGCGUGGACGGACACGUGCUGGCCGUGUCCGACAACAUGUUUGUGCACAACAACUCCAAGCAUGGCCGCAGGGCGCGCCGCCUGGACCCCUCCGAAGCUGCCACCCCCUGCAUCAAGGCCAUCAGCCCCGGGGAGGGCUGGACCACGGGCGGCGCCACCGUCAUUGUCAUCGGCGACAACUUCUUCGACGGGUUGCAGGUCGUGUUCGGAAACGUACUCGUGUGGAGCGAGCUCAUCACGCCCCACGCCAUCCGGGUGCAGACGCCCCCGCGGCACAUCCCCGGGGUGGUGGAGGUGACCCUCUCCUACAAGUCCAAGCAGUUUUGCAAGGGAGCCCCCGGCCGCUUUGUCUACACAGCCCUGAACGAGCCCACCAUUGACUACGGAUUCCAGAGGCUACAGAAAGUCAUUCCCAGACACCCUGGAGACCCCGAGAGGCUUCCCAAGGAAGUGCUGCUGAAGCGGGCGGCCGACUUGGCGGAGGCCCUGUACGGAGUGCCAGGCAGUAACCAGGAGCUCCUCCUGAAGCGCGCGGCGGACGUGGCCGAGGCUCUGUACAGCGCCCCCCGUGCGCCCGGGCCUCUCGGACCCCUGGCCCCGAGCCACCCGCACCCUGCUGUCGUGGGCAUCAACGCCUUCAGCAGCCCGCUAGCCAUCGCCGUCGGGGACGCCACCCCGGGGCCCGAGCCGGGCUACGCGCGCAGCUGCAGCAGUGCGUCCCCCCGCGGGUUCGCGCCCAGCCCUGGCUCGCAGCAGAGCGGCUAUGGCAGCGGCCUCGGAGCUGGCCUGGGCGGCUACGGCGCACCGGGCGUGGCCGGCCUCGGUGUGCCUGGGUCCCCCAGCUUCCUCAACGGCUCCACCGCCACCUCGCCCUUCGCCAUCAUGCCCUCUAGCCCCCCACUGGCGACCGCCUCCUCCAUGUCCCUCCCGGCCGCUGCCCCCACCACCAGCGUCUUCUCCUUCUCGCCUGUCAACAUGAUCUCCGCUGUCAAACAGAGGAGCGCCUUCGCCCCCGUGCUGCGCCCCCCGACCUCCCCGCCCCAGGCCUGCCCCAGAGCCCACGGAGAGGGGCUUCCAGACCAGCCUUUUGAGGAUUCUGACAAAUUCCACUCUCCAGCCCGGGGGCUUCAGGGCCUGGCAUACUCCUAAUUACGGUCUGCAGCUGUUGUUCCCAUGGAGCCCGGACUGGAAGUCCCUCUGGGAUUCACGGCCACACCCUGGAUGGCGGCACAGAAAGAUGCAGGGCCAGGGCUGUGGGCAGACCCCAACCCGUGAGCAGAACGGGGAGAGGCCUUCGUCCUGUGCUCAAGCCUCCCCACUAGCAGCCCCACAAGCUUCUCUUGCCUCCCUGUCUUGGGGUGGUCAGAAGCCCCAGCACUGUGCAGAUGCUCUUGGCAGGAGAGCGUCCCAGGGAGGUGUUGGGAUUCUGGGCCUGGCUCUCUGGGUCUUGGUUCCUCUGAAAGAGAUGGAUCUUGUGCAGACCAGGGAUGUCGGAUGAGGGGAGCAUGGGAUGGGGACCGUGGGAAAGAGGACAGCUCAGGGAGAAGUGACCUGGAAAGGUCCUAUGUGCAUCUGACCCAUCUCAACUGGCCCAGCAUCCCAACUUCUCUCCAGCGAAAGGGUGGCGCCCUGCAGCCUCGGGAGGCCUGCCCAGGCUCCCAUGGAGCUUCCAACAGCUGCUUGGCCCCGCAGCUGCCCCACUUCCUUUGAGACCUGCACUCUCAUGCUUGCCGAAUCAUGCCUCCCUGUGGGGGCUUUGGGCAUGGAGGAGGCAGAAAAGGGGGUGCCAGGCCUCCUGUAUUUGGGGUCUUCCCCCAGUGGAUGUCUCGUGGACUGUGGCCCCACACGCAAUGACUCUGGCUGGCCCCAUGCAACGGGCCCAGCUGCCCCCCAGGUGGCCUCACAUUCUGCUCUGCUAAGUUUGGAGAAAACAGAACAAUAAACUACAUGCAGGUGGCGCGCAGCCUCUCGCCUGCCUCCUUGGUGUG